AUGGAGGUCGCCAACAAUUCCGUUACCAAGCUCCCAGACGACAUCGUUUGCGAAAUCCUCAAGAGGCUUCCUGUUAAACCCCUUUCGAAAUUCAAGUGCGUUUGCAGAUCAUGGCUGUCGUUGAUCUCCAGCCGACGAUUCAUCAAAACCCACCUCAUGAAUUCAACAAAAGACCCAAAUUUCACCCACCACAGGUUUAUCAUGUACUCGCGUGACAGUUUCAAGCACAUCUCAGCCCGAUCCCUGUUGUCCGAGCCCGUUAUUGAUCCCCUUGACGUCGAUUUCUCGAUUCAUCGUUCACCGAGAAACCUAAUCUCGGUCGUGGGCUCUUGUGAUGGUCUUCUCUGUCUCGCCAUAGACGAAAAAGACUUGAUUUUGUGGAACCCAACCACCGGAGUUUCCAAACAACUCCCCGAUCUCGGUGUGGAAAUAAUCUGUCCCAAAUAUGGGUUUGGUUAUGACCAGUCAACCGACGAUUACAAGGUGGUCGGCUUUUUCAGACGUCUUUGGGAUUUAUCUGAGGUGGUAGCGAAAGUAUACAGUUUGAAGACCAAUAGAUGGAAAGCUGUCAAGGGCUUUAAAGGUCGUUGGCUGAUGGAUGAUACGGCCGCAUUUGCUGAUGGGAAACUUUAUUGGACUGCGAAUUCAUAUCUGGAGAUGAAAUAUGGAUGGAACAUUGAUUUUCUUGAUUUGUCAACUGAGGAGCAUGGAGUUUUGGAGAUGCCGAGUUAUGUGAAAAGUGGGUUUUAUUCUAGGUUGGGAGUAUUUGAAGGGCGGGUUUUCGUGAUGUGCGAUCACAUCAAUCAGGCAGUUGUUUGGAUUAUGGAUGAUCAUGUGAAUGGAAAUGGGAAGUGGGUGAAUUUGCUUACUAUCCCUCAUGUUAAUGAUUUUGUGAGGAAGAACUAUAAAACGGUGUUGUUCGUGCUCGAGAAUGGGGAAGUCGUGCUUAACUGUGGUUUUAAGUUCGUGGUUUUUGAUGCCAAGAAUUGCUCUUUCAGGUACCCAGAAAUUAGAAAUUGGAACGUACUUUUUGAGGCCAGUGGUUAUGUUGAAAGUUUAGUUUCUCCAUUAGGCAAUGGUGAAUAG